AGCUCUGUCUCACGCGCCAACAAUGGCGUGAGGGGUUUUGAUCGUGAAAAGUUCAGGAAAUGGCUGGAAAAUGGCCAAACAUGGCUGAAAUUGCUAUUGCUAUAAUAUCUUUGAUGUUGCUUAGUUUUGGUGCACAUGGAUUUGACAUUAUGUCGGAAUUCAGAAAUACUCUACUUGGGGUCAAUGUUCUGUUGAGGGACGACGGGAGUAAGUUUUAACGUUUUACCUUUUAAGUAAAACUUGAGCUAUGCUAAAACUCCACUUAAGCUUAAGCGAGUUUUCAGUGUUCUGAAACAAAUUGAAUGAAAAGUUUCCCAAUAUACUGUAGAUUAUUAUACCGUUUGUUAUUUUUUGCAAAUUAAAGAAAGGAGCAAACGAAUUCUUUUAACGAAAGUAAUUCGCCUUUUACUUGAAUUUCACAACACUCUUGCACAACACUCUUGCUCUUUCGUAAUCUGAGGAAAAAGCCAAGUUGUGAGGCUAUAGAUGAAAGUCACCUAACUAAAAUAAGUACAACGUCGAUUGGCGUCAGCACUUUUUAUUAAUGAAGCCUUUUCUAAGAUAACUAGCAGUACCGUGAACAACUAUCACCACACCAUUUUGGAGUAAAACUUUAAGCUUAAGCUUAUAUUUUGCAAAUCCUUGCUGGAGUUGAGGUAACUUCAGUGUUUUUAUUCUUCUGGCGAACUUGAUGAUGUUUGUAUUUUUCUAGUCUUUGCUGGUAAAAUAUUUAGGGUAGUGAAAACUGAUCAUUUUGGGGGGCUUAUUUAUGUUCUUUAGUCAUUGUUCAGUCUGCAGAGUAUGGCAGGUACACUUGUGAGUUUUUUUAACAAUAUAUAUGUAAUAAGGGCCUAAAAAUGGCCUUGCAUGUGCAAGAUCUUGUCGAGUUCUGCCAUACUCAGCAGACAGGGUCAUUGUCACAUAGGUUUAAUAUUUGCUCUGAUUGAAAUUUUGUGGCUUUGCAAUUAGAGUGCCUUGAAGGACUGAUCGGUGUCAGUUCAGCCAUCAAGAGUGCAUUGCCUAACAGUGCAAUGACAGCAUCAACCUUCCACGCUGACCAUGAACCUUACUGGGGUCGCUUGUUGUCAAGAAAAUGGUGGAUGCCUUCUGUUCAUGAUAAAUUUCAGUACUUGAAGAUAGAUCUUUUAAGCUUAACUGUCGUUCGAAAGUCUGCCGUCCAAGGCUCUGGUGACAGUUCAACUGCAGGAGCCAGAGUGAUUACAUAUUUUCUUUACCAUAGUAAAGAUGACACCAUUUGGUAUCCAGUACUCGAAAAAGAGAACCCACGGGUAUGAUAGCUUAGAAUUUUGCUUUUCAUAAUAAUAAUAAGAAAUAAUAAUAAUAAUAAUAAUAAGAAGAAGAAGAAGAAGAAGAAGAAGAAGAAGGAGAAAUACUCAUGUUGUGGAAGGCAUGCCUUUACUUUUUCCCACAAAAAAAUGCUAUUAGUAUAAUGCCAAAGUUCACUGGAUUUGAAUGACAAUAUCUUUGCUGUCUUAUGUCCCAUUCUUUCACAUAACCAUUGUUUCAAACUAUCAAAAGUUGUUUGAAAGUGGUUUUAUCAGCAUUUCUUGUAUGGGCCAGCUGAUUUUGGUUUAUACAGACAAGGUAUUCAUGCAGUCAUGCAUUCUAAUUGUAUGACUGAUCAUCAUCAUUCCCCCUAUACUCACUGCUCAUCUGAAAAGUGUCAUUUUCAGUAAAAACUAGCAUGCAUGUUGACAUGACAAUCUGUCAUAUUAUAUCCUUGGUAUGAGCCCCCCCUCCCCUCUUUGAUUAAUCCAGCUACACCCCACUGUGCUCACAUGUAAAGUAAUGGAUCAGUCAAUUCCUCUGUGUAGUUAUUUCAGAUGGGAAACCACGUAUGGUCAAAAGCUUGGGGGGGUAGCCCCGGGGUUGGCAAAUGCCCGACGUGGGGCAGCACAAAAUUUGGUAAUGCUCCACCCCUGGGACUGACAAGCUAUGCAAAACUGAUGCAUAGCUUGGUAAUGAAAAUAUGCCUUGCAAUGAAAUGAUAUUUGUUAUCAUUUUAAUGAAUUGCAGAUGUUUGUGGGGAAUUUAAACAACAGUGAAGUGAUCUCAAAGAGUUCUUUUACACCAUUCAUGACGCGUCAUGUGAAGUUUUGUCCACAUAGUUGGAUUCAUCAAAUUGCUCUGCGAGUUGAGCUCUAUGGCUGCAAAGCUGAAGGUAAUAUAAUGUUACUAAAAGAGUUCAUGUUGUCAGGCUUUCCAAUUGCUUUUAAGUACUAGACUGUUUUUAACCUCCAGGCAUCUUAGUAGUGGGAUUUUCUCACGGGAGGUGGGGGAGCACUCAAGGGAAGUUUAGGUAGAGGUGUACUGCUGAGCCCUUCAAACCCUGACCGUGUUUUAAACCCAAUUGUUCAUUUUGAUACCCUGAUUCAUUUUGCACAAGAAAUUACGUGUUUUUUUAGUUAACAUCAUGGAAUUAGAUUUUUUGGAAAAUACAUUGUUGGUACCACUCAUGUAGAGGGAGUGUCUCCAACUU